AUGCUCGACAUAUUGACACCAUCCUUGAAAUGGUGGUUGAGCUGCAUUCUGCUCUACAUUGUAGCUCUUGUCGUAUAUCGUCUCAAAUUCCACCAUGCAGCUCACAUCCCAGGCCCAAUUCUCGCAAAAGUGACCUUUUUGUAUGAAUGGUACUAUGAUCUCUAUCUUGGAGGCCAGUAUGCUUUCAAACUCAAAGAGCUCCACAAAAUCUACGGCCCAAUCAUCAGAAUCAGCCCAGAAACUGUCCACAUCGAUGACCCAGACUACUUUGAGGUGGUUCACAAUCAGAAAAAUGGCAGAGAGGUGAAACCGCCUCAUGUUGCCGAGACUUUUGGUCCUUAUCCUGCGUUACUUGGCACGGGACCGCACGAACUUCAUCGUGUACGGAGGAGUGCACUCAGCCCCUUCUUUUCGAGGAAAGCAGUUCUUGAUUUGGUACCAACAAUCCAACGCCCUACAGCUAUAUUGUGCAGACGCCUCCAAGAGGCGAGUCUGACUGGCGAGACGAUGAAUCUGAAGUACAUCUUCGCGGCGGUGACUCUGGAUAUCAUCAACGACUAUUGUUUCGCGAGAGAGCCUACUACUACCUUGGAACCGGACUUUGGCAAGAAGGAAACGGAUAAUGUGGCGUAUUUCUUGAAAGUUAGCUUGCUGAAUACUCAUAUCCCAUGGCUGAUGCGUUUAACCUAUUCUCUACCGGAUCGCGUGAGCAAGACUUUCACACCUGCAGUGGCAAAAAUCCUCGAUUUUCGCAUGGAACUAUCCCGUCAAGUUGAAGCGAUCCGUAAUGGUCAAGAUACAUCACAUCAAACCGCUGCCCAUAGGACCGUGUUUCAUGAACUAUUGGACAGCACGCUACCACCAGAUGAAUUGAAGCCAGCAAGGCUUAGAGAUGAGGCGUUCAGCCUGGUAGCUGCUGGUUCGGAUACAACAGCACACGUCCUCCGUGGAACCACAUAUCAUAUUUCAGCCAACCCUACGAUUCGCCUGCAACUCUUCAACGAGCUCAAGACCGCAAUCCCAGACCCCGAUAAUCUUCCCAGCUUGCCCGAGCUCGAAAAGCUUCCAUAUCUGUCCGCAGUCAUCCACGAAGGUCUCCGUCUCGCCAACCCAGUCACGCACCGUAUCAUACGCCAAUACCCAGACAAGGCAUUUGAUUACCAAGGAUACCUGAUUCCGCCCAAUACUAUAGUCGGCAUGUCACCCAAUCUGGUCCACUUCAACGAAGACAAAUUCCCCGAACCACAAGUCUUCAAGCCGGAGAGAUGGCUUGGGCCAGACAAUGCCCGACUCCAGCGCUAUCUCAUCUCGUUCAGUCGCGGUCCUCGGGCGUGUUUGGGCAUCGCCUUGGCUCGUGCCGAACUCUUCAUCAUCCUGGCUUCUGUUUUCAGACAGUUCGAGUUGGAUGUUUCUGAGAUUGAGAGGAGCAGGGAUAUCGAUUUCAGUCGGGACUUUAUUCUUGGCGCACAGGCGGAUGACUCGCCUGGGGCAUUAGUGAAGGUGAAGCUAGCUGGUUAG